AACUUUUCUGUUAGCACUUGUGACGCUUUCGAAAAAAGCACCUGGUUUUCAAGACUACCUCUCUAUCGUCGAACUCUUCCAUCGGAUGAUUUUGGUUUGGAAUUUCAAAGAAAUGGUUCGUCGUUAGGGCAGGUUUUGAUGGGUGCCUUCGUCAAUGGCUGGAGGUUGACGACAUCGGUCGCGCCGAUGAAGUUUGUAGCGCGAUCACUAACUCGCCACGACAUUCCUAGAAACUCCCCAGUCAAGGCGCCCGUGCACAAAAUCGCACGCUUGUCCGUUCGAGUCCCCUGUUGCAACGUAUCCAUCCGAUUACGGAUUUCGAAGCCACCUUACGCUUCGAUGAUUCGAACCUCUUACGGUAAUGCUCGUUCAUCGAUUUUUGAAGGUAUCUUUCGUGGCGUUUGGGCCUCACCUAGAUAUUGGUUCACGUGUGAAUAUGUGGAAAUAGCCGUAAACGUUUGCGUCUUGCCGCAAGGAUCCACUGGAAUACGGUCCGAAGCCGAUCCAACCUAAGCGGGUUUUGAUGGGGGCUAGCUCCUGUUUCCUUCCCUCGACGUAUGCAAAUGGACCCAUUAGCUGUCAAUUAUCGAUGCCGAUGAGAAUUCGCGGUGUCACGUCGGAAUAAGAUCGCAACUUCAGACCUUCCAGAUGCUUAUACUUUCUAGACGUAGCAUCUACUGAGAACGAUUGUGAAGGUAACGAGGGGUGUUGCAGAGUGUGUACCUUUUCUCACCGGUCCCUCUGAUGCACAACGGAUGCGGUGUCGCUUUAAGAUCCAGUUCCCCAAUCAAACUCUCUUCAAUAGACGUUCCCGUUGAACCACUAUAAAAAACGCGCACGUCUUCACGGCCUUAUUGUCGCCAAAUACAACCACAGUGUUGUGACAGUUCGAUAAAAACAACUUCCAGAGAGGUAAGAUUGGCUAUUUUACAGUAUUUAGUUCUUUUUUAUUGAAUAUUAAACUAUUUCAGAUUAAAUCAUCAUGUCUAAGCGUUCAAAGCAAACAGGGAAUUUCUACCAAAAGCGAAAUCGAUUGCUGGAGGAAGCCGGAAGAAGUGUUGAUGAAUUAAACAUCACGCUAGAAACUGUUUCGACUUCUGUUUGGCCGGAUUUGGGAGUGGAAGUCUCACAACAGGAUCUUGAGUCGCUUUUUACAAGAUAUAGUUCUGUACAUCAAAGUCCAGCAACACCUUCAGAUACUACUGACCAGAACAAUGAAGGAAUCGAGGAGAUGGAUGAUCCGGCUGAAGAAAUUGUUGAUGCCAAGGACCCGUACUCAUUUAUGCAAAAUUUGAGUUUGAAAGAUGCGCUUGUGCAUCUAGUGAUACAGGGUCGUGCUUCCCGUUUCCUAAUUGAAGGUUUUCUUGCCAUCUUAAGGAAAUAUUUCAAAGCCAAAGUUCCUAAAACAAAACGAACGCUUCUUAAAACACCAACGCAGAUUGGAUCUGCUAUUAAACCGAUACAAGGUGGCCAAUUAUGGUAUCAUGGCAUCGAAAAUGUUCUUGAAAAAUACUUUGAGAAAGACAACUUUCAACAUGGUUCCGAGCUGGAAAACUGGCUGCAAACAACGGCAGCAGUACCGCAGUAUCGCAGUGAGCUUCCAGCCAUCCCAUCAACAUGCCAACGUUAUUCCUAGGAUCCUUAAUUUGCUUCCCGGCUUCUCUCAUUGCUCCCAGAACAGCACGGAACGGCUCCACGGCUCGGAACUGCCCCAUGGCACGGAAGUUAUAUCGAAAUUGAAUUCCCGCCGAAUCAUAGUUAAAUGUGUUAUUUUGGGCCAAUUAUAUUGUGUUGAAUGUGUAAAGUGAAUAAAUAAGUUGUUUUAAUCAAA